CUCUGUUAACUUUUAAAAUAUGUAUGACUUGAAAAAGGGGAAGUGAGUCAGAUCUGCAACAGCACAUUCUGCUUUAUAUUUAGUGUGAAGCACUUUCUUCGCGGUCACAUUCAGCCACACUGAUCUGUCUGUAAGGGUGUUUAAUACUAAUGGCUCAUUAGCAAACCACUGAGGCCACAUCAGAACUCUCUCCUGUCGGAUCCAGCCAUGCUCUCCAAAACCUUGUUGGUAACCCUCACCCUCCUGUCUGUGUCAGGUGUGCUAAGCCAGAGGGGAUGGAGAGUGACUUACACCCCUGAGAGAAUCUGUGCCUUAAAGGGGUCUUCAGUAGACAUGCGCUGCACUUACUCAUAUCCCACAGAUUACACAGUGCAGAAAACAUUGUGGUUUAUUAAUGACUGGCACGGGGUAUGGGACCCUCAAGACCUGUCCAAGGACUCAGAGUACUCUCACCGUGUGAAGUACCUGGGGAAUAAGAACAAUGACUGCACUUUUAGAAUAAACCAGCUGAGAGAAACUGAUUCAGAAACAUACCAAUUCAGGUUCCUGACCGCCCAUGAUAAAUAUACUGGAAAACCUGGUGUCUCUUUGGAAGUCACUGAUCUACAGGUGAUGGUGUAUCCUGACACAGUCACAGACGGACAGAGUGUGAGACUGACCUGUAGCACCAGCUGCACUCUGACUGGCAGACCAGCUUUCAUCUGGUACAGGGACGGAUCUCCUCUGUCCUUCACUGAUCAGAGUCACCAGUUCAGAGCCAGCAGUGAAGACCGAGGCCGCUACACCUGUGCUGUGAAAGGCUAUGAGCUUCAUUCCCCUGCAGUGGCUCUUAAUGUGAGAUAUUCUCCCAAGAGCACCUCAGUAUCAGUGAGUCCCUCUGGUGAAAUAAUGGCGGGCAGUUCAGUGACUCUGACCUGCAGCAGUGAUGCCAACCCACCAGUGCACAGAUACACCUGGUUUAAAAAGAAUGGAAGAUUUAAUCCUUUAUGGAAUGUUUAUAGAUCGAGUUACACCAUUGAAAAAAUCAACUACAAGGAUGCUGAAGAAUACUACUGUGUGGCAGAGAAUGUAAUUGGGACAAACAGGUCUCCUCAUAUAAAUCUCAAAGUGCUGUGUUUGAAGGUUGAAAUAAAUCCUGACUCAGCGAGAGAGGGAGAGAUGGUGACACUAUCCUGUAAAAGCACCUGCACUCGCAGAAGCACCUUUGAGUUCUACAGGAAUGGACAACGUCUAUCUAAUAUUGUCCGCAACCAGUUCAGAGCCAGGAGUGACAAUGCGGGCAACUACUCCUGUCGUGCAGUGUACGAUCGUUUUCUCUAUUCCAACACAGUAAUUCUCAGAGUGAAAUGUCUGGUCUAAGUAAGCUGAUGGAAGGAGAACGUGCCUGCCUCCUGAAGAGUGUUUCUGAUCUGUCAGAAAGGUGUUUGCAGGUUUUUCUUC